CAUUUGCUCCCUCCAAUGGAAUUCGAACGUAACCAGGGGAAACUCGAAGAAACAGUGAUUCGAAUCCUUAAAGGUGCCGAUUUAGAAAUCGCCACCGAGCUCGUUGUUCGAAGAGAGGCCGAAAGACUGCUUGGCGUCGACCUAUCUGAUAUAGCUAGCAAGCGGCUAGUUAGACGAGUCGUUGAGUCCUUUUUGCUGUCUACUUCGCCGGUCGAUGAAGUUCACGAAGGAACAGAGCACGUGGAAGAAGUACAAGUGGAUAAACCACCUGUUGACAAUCAAAAAGAUGCUUCUGAUGAUGGUGGUGGACGUGUUAUAUGUAAGCUACCAGGUAUGAUGAGAGUGUCAGUUAAAAGGUUUAAAAGGACAAAGUUGUUGUCAAUAAGGGAGUACUAUCAAAAAGAGGGAAAGGUGUUUCCUUCCGGUGGAGGAAUCACCUUGACCCAAAAGAAUGGUCGACAUUUCGUCCAAGUUUUGAUGAUAUAG